AUGGACAUGGAUUCGAAGAAUGUUGGGAAGGGGCUGAGGGCGCUUGUGGUCGAAGACGACCGCGCUAUGCAGAUGGUCCACAAGAUGCUGCUGGAGAAAUACGGACUGGAAGCUCAGGUGGCCAACAACGGCGAGGAGGCGGUGGAGCUCCACCGCUCCGGCGCCCGCUUCGACCUCCUGCUCAUGGACAAGGACAUGCCCGUCAAGGAUGGCGUCAAUGCAACUCGAGAGCUACGGGAGAUGGGGGUGAAGAGCAUGAUAGUUGGCGUAACUUCGCACGAGCCAGGUGCUGUAAUGGAUGAGUUUAUUGCGGCGGGAUUGGACGAGUGUCUGACGAAGCCGCUGGGUCAAGAAGUGAUUUUGGGCUUCAUUAACCAGCUAGUUGCCUAA